AAACGCGCGGCCGGGCCGGGGCGCGCCGAGCCGAACCCAGCCACGCGGCGCCAGCGAGGCGGCCGGACCCGCAGCCCCGAUGCUGCUGACGCUGGCCUGGGGCGCGCUCUUCUUCCCGGGGCUCUUCGCGCUCUGCACCUGGGCGCUGCGCCGCUCCCGGCCCGGAUGGAGCCGCACCGACUGCGUGAUGAUCAGCACCAGGUACCGGCGCCGCCGAGGCCCCCGAGGCCCGGGCCGCUGCCCACCCCGCCCCGCCCGGCUGCGGGGCCCAGGGCGGAAAAGGGGGGCGGCAGGAAGCCGGGGGGCUGCUGCCUCUGGGGCGCGGCGGCCCGAGCUACCGAAGCCCCUCCGCGUCCUCCCCUGGCGGGAGCGGGGCCGGGGCGGGCGGGAGUGGCCGGUGAGUCUCUGGAGCCCGCUCCCCACGUCUGCCGGCGGCGGGGGAGAGUCAGGCCGAGGGGCUGGGCUGGGCUCUCGCGGUCCUCGGACGGGACUGAGCGCGCGCGCUGUUUUCCUCUCCGCCCGCGCUAGGCUGGUUUCCUCGGUGCACGCCGUGCUGGCCACCGGCUCGGGGAUCGUCAUCAUUCGCUCCUGCGACGACGUGAUCACCGGCAGGCACUGGCUUGCCCGGGAGUAUGUGUGGUUUCUGAUUCCAUACAUGAUCUAUGACUCAUACGCCAUGUACCUCUGUGAUUGGUGCCGAACCAGAGACCAGAACCGUGGGCCCUCCCUCACGCUUCGAAACUUCCUAAGUCGAAACCGCCUCAUGAUCACACAUCAUGCGGUCAUUCUCUUUGUCCUUGUGCCAGUCGCACAGAGCCUUCGGGGAGACCUCGGGGAUUUCUUUGUUGGCUGCAUCUUCAUGGCAGAACUGAGCACUCCAUUUGUGUCACUGGGCAGGGUUCUGAUUCAGCUAAAGCAGCAGCACACCCUUCUGUACAAGGUGAAUGGAAUCCUCACACUGGCCACCUUCUUUUGCUGUCGGAUCCUUCUCUUCCCCUUCAUGUACUGGUCCUAUGGCCGCCAGCAGGGACUAAGCCUGCUCCAAGUACCCUUCAGCAUCCCCUUCUACUGCAACAUGGCCAAUGCCUUCCUCAUAGCUCCUCAGCUCUACUGGUUCUGUCUGCUGUGCAGGAAGGCAGUCCGGCUCUUUGACACUCCCCAAGCCAAAAAGGAUGGCUAAAUGCUCCUGGGAGUCGGGCGCAGCCUCACACCAGCUGCCUCCUGCACUCAGCAUUCCAUGGACCGAAUUGUGCCCUGGGUGGCCUCAGACUUUUGGGUAUUGAUAAGCAGAUGGAUUUGAGUUUUUCUAAAGAAUAUUCGUAUUACCUCCUUCUUCUAACUUGCCCUAUUUGCAAAAGCACUUUUGUAGUAACAACUAUUGAGUCCUGUCAGACCUCCACGGACAGCAAAGUGGUUUUAAUGCAAGCCCAAGGAUCCUUUGGGUCUUAUCUCAAGAGCUCUGGGAGGUGGAAGCAUGGGGUGUGAUCGGUGGACCAGGGUGAUAAGCGUCUGUGCAUCUGCCUGUCCCUAUAUCGGCAGCUACCUACCUUUCCAACCACUCAGGGCAGUACCCACGGCACUGGGCCCACAGAAGCAAGUAAUGUCUUCUUGUGACAUUGGCCUGGGACAAUCGCUGUGGGUAGGUAGUUUUUGAUCGUUUACUAGAUAACCCAUUGGUUCUUUGCGUCAUCCUCUCAUCCAUGGGUCAGAGUUGACUGACUUCCAAUCAGAAGUCUCACUGGUGGGGCUGGGGGUGGGGGCAGGCAGGAGGCAAGGAUGGGAGCCUGAAUAGGUAGCGUGGCCAAGAGGCCAGCACAACCUCUGCAGGCUGACUUGGUAAGUCUGACAGUGUCACACUUGUGUGCUUACUGCAGUCAGUCACAGAUACUGUUCUUUUUAACACACCCCUUCAUGCCCAGCUUUCCCCAUAUCCACAUGCAGAGGACAUGCUCAUAAAAACUACAUGGGCAACAUGAAAUGAAGGCUCUGGUAGAUGUUUACUGGGUAACCCCACUCUAUGACACCGUCCUUUUCAUGUGAUGUGAAAACCAACUUCUGUACUCCAAACCACAAAAUGUGUCAUCUAGACUGCAGAAUACUUGAGUACUCAGCCUCCUGAUACGCCAGAGCUUGUGGUCCAAGGCCCAUUCCUGUGUGAGUGUCCUGCCAUUUAGCCACAGAAGGCUGCAGAGCGAGAGGGCAGCCAGCCUGGCCAGAGGCUGUCCUGUGGACCGACACCUGCGCCCCCUUCUGCAAGCAGGAUUUUCUGGUGCCAACACUCAUCAUUCCCUAUCAACUAGGAUGGGUUCGAGACUGCUACCAUGUGUUCUCAAGUGGUAGUUUAAAAAGUGGAUUUUUAAAGUGCCUUUUAAUUAGUUGUGAACGUCUAAAGGACUGAAUGAUCUGUCUAAUUUUGACUGUUUAGUCUUUAAUGGGUGCCAUUUAAAGAACAAAACGCUUAUUUUUUAAUUGUCUUUUUUUUGUUUUUUAAACUAUCAGUGUAUCUUUAAGUCACCCUUAUGGUGAUUAAAUUGCACUAACAUUCCCAA